UUAGUUUCUCUUUCUCGUCAUCAACAUCCAAUCAUUCGUUCCAUGUAGAUUUAGCUCAACCUUAGUAGAUCUGCGCGUAAUUUGCCACCACAACUGGACCGAGUGUGAAUCUCAGCAUAGAAGUAUCAAUGCUCUAGCAUGUAUUGCAUGAGCAGGUGCUGGUAGUAUCAUUACUACAUCUCUCGCAUAAUCUGAUCACUGAACAGGCACAAAGUGGUUAAAAAAACGACGGUCAAGCGACGCAAAGGAAUUUCAUUCAUCAAUCGGUGACGCAAGAGAGCAGAAGUUGGCUUGUUUCUGGUGUGUGGUGCUACGCUGUCAAACUGCAAAAUCACUCCGCGCUCUGGGCAAAUAUUCUGACACGUUCAGGGUACCUGUAAGAAGAUGAAGAAGUAUAUGUAAACAAAAGUGAUGAGGUGGACAAGUAGUGAAUAUUCAGUACAACAUAUCUAAAGGAACUGUAUAUAACAAACGAGACAGAGGACGAAGAUGCUUAUCCAGCUGGUACUAAUUAUCGUGGGUUUAGUUAAGCUGCGACUAUUGUACCUUCUAGUGGUAAUAAGGCAAAAUUCGAAACGCGAUGUGACCUCAAUUACAGCUAAGCGGAAAGGCCCAAUCAAAACGAUGAUCGUGAUGGGUUCCGGAGGGCAUACGGCUGAAAUGUUGCAGAUAGCGCAACAACUAGAUCUGACAAAGUAUUCACCCCGGCAAUAUGUAAUAGCCGCUGCUGAUAAAACGAGCGUCGUGAAGGUAAUUGACGUAGAGGUCCGACGGGAACCCGACAUGGCGAAACAGAAUUACGAGAUUGUUACAAUCACAAGAAGCCGUCAUGUCCAGCAAAACUAUUUCAGUUCGAUAUUCACCACACUGACGGCAAUCUUGAACAGUAUUCCGGUGGUGCUACGAAAACGUCCGGAUCUAAUACUCACCAACGGUCCUGGGACGUGCGUACCAAUCUGUCUGGUGGCCUUUCUAGCCAAGUUAUUUUUCGUUAACAAUAACUGUAAAAUUGUGUUCGUCGAGAGCUUCUGUCGUGUCAAAAGCCUUUCGCUUAGCGGCAAAAUACUGCUAUGGAUAACGGAUCUGUUCGUUGUACAGUGGCCUGGGUUGGCCAGAAAUGGUGCCGGCAGGAAGGUGGAGUAUUUCGGACGUUUGUCGAAAUGAGAGUGCGAGCGAUACUCGAAAGAAUGUCCUUCCAGAGUAAAAAUCUAUUCCAAAUAAAAAAAAAAAGACGAAACGUGCGUGUUAGUGAUCGAGAAUCUACGAAUGCUAGUUUGAACGAGUGCAUGAUUAGACUUAUCAUUUAAUUACGGUUGAAAAUAUUAGGUUUAACGUAGUGCUGGUGUAACAUUGUUUUUCUGUAUUUAGAUUUUAUAAAUAAUGCAUAGGAUCGAUUUAAUGA